AUGACUCAGUUGAUGAUCGGGGCCGUGAGGAUCGCCGUUGCGUUGAUGGUGAUGGCAGCAGAGAUUGAUGUGUCAAUGUCUGUUCGGAUUUUCGAGGAGUUGACGCAGACCCAGCCAAAACCGAAUGGUUUGUUUGCGGUACAAAUGCGUUCGGGGCUUCAUAUCUUGACUGGUCAUCCCUCGGGGACGAAGCUGUGGCAGCGCUCAUACUUUUUCGUUAAGGCUAAUAAUGCUGCCUUCGAAGAUCCACCAGACGAAAGCUUCCGAUUGCUCAUCCGAACACCAUCGGCCCUCACGACACCUUCUAGAAGGACGUUCCGAAGGUGGUGGUGCUUAAUCAGCAGACGUGGGCGAGCUUCGAUCGUCAGAGGAUCAGUCGCCAACAGAAGCGCAUCGCGAAAGGUGGAAGGCGAUCAUUCGACUAGCGAGGCAGAUGGUGCUAACGAUCCAACCGAGGUGGGCCUUGUUGGGUCGAUUGGUGCGAAGAGGAAAGAGCCGACCGACGGGAAUUUUCUUCGACCUGGCGGAAAGAUUCAGAAGAGGUCGCGAGGUCCUUCUCCUCUUUCUCCUAAGGAGAUAGCUUUACCGGCCUCUCGCUUGCUGCCUUGGGGAGGGUUGAGUCCUCCGUCUGAUAGGUUUCCACUAGCCUCAUCUGAGCGUUGGACCUUUUGUCAUGACAAGGACUCGCCGUUCGCCAGUGACCCUGAUGCGUGUGCUGAGUUUGUUCGUCGGAUCCGUGGUGGCGCACAUUUGAUGCCGGAGACUUCCGAGCUCGCGUUUCCAGAUGGGUUUAUCGCAUCUGCUCAGGCCGACGUGGAAUCUGUUGUCCGUAAAAACCAACUCAUUUUGGAUUACGAGCUGUCACUGUGUAGGAUGGCUUCAAAUUUCGCUAAGGCCGAAGCGGCAAUCGAGAGCAAGGAUGCUGAAAUCGAGAAAUCUAAAAGGGUUACUCUGGACAAAGCCAAAGAGAUGAUCGCCGAGCGAAGCCGUUAUCAUCGUGAGCAUAAGCAGGAUGCUGAGAUAAUUAAAGGUCUUGAAGGCGAAUUAGAGGCUGCUCGAAGUAAGAUCGAUCGAUUGGAGGCAGAGAAGACCGAGGAGGCCGAGAAGACGAAGAGGACGAUGGAUCAUUUGAGACAAGUGCACCGCCGCGAGCUUACGUCCGAGAUGUGUUGUAUCGGAGUGGCGGCGGCGGAUCGUUUCGACAAGUUUAGGAGAUACAUGGUCGAUCGAGAUAAGCGCGAGGAGAAGCUCAGUGGGGGAUGCUGGAAGGAUAUCUUGUCUGCCAACGAGGCAAAGUUCAAGGAAGAGCUGGAGGGAGUUGUCGUUGAAGGUAUCACGGACCACAAUCUCACUGUCUCCUCUCUUCCUCGUCUCGAGCGACUUCAGGGUUCGAACCAGUUCGGCUCGAACGUCGGCUCGAACGUAGAGGUUGCUGAUCCGGCUGCUGCUUGCGAAGCUUCGAUUCAGGAGAUUCAGACCGCGGGGACGAUCGGUGCUGCCGUUCCAGGUUCAAUCGCCGAAGAUUGA